AUGGCCGCUUCUUUUGAAGCUCAUGUCUCUCAACCUUUUGGGUCAUCUCUAUACAGCAACACGAGUAUCCGGGCAGACAAUGGGGUUGUUUCCAACAGUGUGUUCAGACGGAGCACUGUCUCCCAGAGCUCUAUCAAGUCUGUCGGGGAAAAGUCGAUGCUGGCUGAUGUUGUUGACACUCUCGCUCGUCGCAGCAGCGAUGCAAUGAUAUCGACAAAAAUCCUGGAAACCGACUACGCUACAGUUCUAGAAUGGAUUCGGUCAGAGAGAAUGGAGAAGCUUCCCGCUGAAGGAAGCAGCUAUGACAAGAUGCUAGUAUGGGCAGCAUUGUUCGUAGAGCGGCUGCAUUCGUUCAGUAAGGCAAUCGAAGGAUUCGCGGGAGACAGCCAUCUGGCGGCUCAGCUUGCUUAUGUUCAUUGUGCCAGUCUGUUAAAGCUUGGAGAAAUGAACUCUUCUGCCCUAAUGAGUCUAUUCGGCUUCUUCUAUCGCUGCUCGUCGGGCCUGGGGAGCGUUCUUGACCUAGGCGAGUUAUUUCAGGUUUCCAGCGAUAUCAAGGACCAGCUCAGUCUGGCUCUUGCCGACCUGGUGACCUUGAUUGUGGGGAUUGCAACGCAUUUCCGUAAAAUCCUCCUACGGAAGGAUACUUGCAUAUUGAUAUCUACUCCGAGUUUUCUGACCAAAUCCAUAACUUCCGCACUGGAGCGUGAGGGGUACGACAGUGCCAAAGUAAUCGACACGAAGACAAUCAAGCGCUGGCUCGAACCGGAGGAUCCUGUCCUUGCUAACGUCGUCGAGGCCACCGCCCAGCUUGCCCAAGAGCGAGAAGAAUCAACCUGUGUUUGGAUGAUGCCUUAUCUAAAUCGCUUUUUGAAAGGAAACCGACAAACACUCGCGAUUUCCGGCAAUCCUGGGUCAGGAAAGUCCAUCCUCGCGACUGUGAUCAACGAUCACUUGCAGCAUCCCGUGGGAGAUGUCAGUUAUAGAACCAUUUUUGUGCCAAUCAACAGCAGGGUUCUGGCAAACACCAUGCCUCGUGCUAUCGCAAAGACCAUUCUAUCCCAGCUUUUCGACCAGCAAAUUGGAAAUAUUCGCCUUUACCGCGUUCUUUCCGAUACAUACAGACGGUGCCAGGAGACCAUUGACAGUGAAGCAUACGAUGACAUUAUCUGGGGAGUUCUCCAAAGAGCACUUGAAGCUAGCCGGAAAGACGCGAAGGAACUAGUCUUGAUAGUUGAUGGCGUGGACGAAGCCAACGGUGGCGAAGCAGCUUUAUUGAAGAGGCUCCGACACGCUACCCAUAACGCAAAGAGUACCAAGCUGAUCCUGCUCACUUCCCAGCAGGAAUCUAAGACCUCCCAGAAGGGACAGGACACAGUACGCGUUAUGCCAGAGCUUAUUCUGGAUGAUAUUUCUGCAGUUGUGCGAAGUAUCCUGCAAGGUAGCGAUGCCUUCACCACAGCUCCUCAAGAACAGCGUGAGAUCCAAGUUACUCGGAUUGCCGAGGCUUCAAAUGGCUCUUUCCUGUGGGCUAAACUGGCUUCGAAACAACUUCGGGACGAGGCCCCGUCCAACACGCAGGCUCUGAUAAAGGCGGUUAACAAUCUUGUCAGUAGAAAGCCCACGAUAAAAGACAUCAUUCAUCGCACUCUGCAUUCGAAUGUGACCCAAGAAGCCAUAAGACUCGUCGUUUGGCUUGCCACGGCUUGUCGGCCGCUACAGGUACAGGAAUUGUCUGCUCUCCUAUCUGUUCAGCAAGACAAACAAAAGAUCAUAGAGCAGGACAGGGAAAGCCCACUUCAGAUUCUGAAGCCUGUGGCGUCUUUAGUCUUUAUUCAAAACAACUUGGUGUUCCUGCGGCACGACAGAAUCCGCAACUCAAUCUUGGAGGUCUUCAACCAUGGAAAUAUCCUUCCUACAAUCAAGAACACAAACCUCGAUCUAGCCCAGCGAUUAUUGCUCUAUGCAAAGCUUGCAGUUCCAGAGAGCCGUGAGCUGGCCUUGGAGCCAUUGGAAUCAAGUUUCACCCGCGACCUCAUUGAAAGGCAUCCUUUGUUGGACUUUGCACUCCGCUACUGGACACACCACCUGAGGACGGCAAUGGGUUGCAACACAGACCAGGAAAUUUCUGCAGCCGCGAAAGAAAUUCGCAAUAUACUUCCGAGUAGCACAACCUUCUCCAGGCUCGAGAUGGCUAUUUGGCAGCAGAAAGAGGCUCCAGUCCUGGUGUCUUUCCACGAUACCCAGACGCGCCUCUACCAGUCGAUCCUAUCUUCGAAACAGCCAGCCACUCUUCAGACCAUACUAUGCCAGGUGUCUUUCUAUUGGACUAUUCAUGAAGCCCCAAUUCAAGCCGACCAUGUCUUCUAUAAUGCCAUCCAGAUCUGCAAAGAGCUGCUCUCGGCCCAACACAGUAUCACGAUGACGGUGGCACAGUAUUUCUUGGAUAUAACCACUAGUCAAGUGACUACUUCCAAGACUACGACCAUGGCGAGGCGAAUUGAAGUCCUCCACCUCCUGGUGGAGAGCUAUAAGGUUCUUUAUGGGCCGACAAGCGAGAAGCUCAUUUCCAUUUUGACUCAGCUUGCAGAACAUUACCAUUACAUCAAGGAAGAGCACAAAGCUGAGGAAAUCCGAGGCUCCAUCGGCGUUCACCCUCCAGGAGGUACACAAGAUUCGAUCAAACCCCAAUUACCCGAUGACUCGUUGCACAUCCACCUUAUCGGUCGGCCACAAUCCACAGUGGCAGGGGCCAACCUCGAGUUAGAUGAGAUUGAAAUGGAUGUGGAGGUUAGCGGGUCUUUUGAGUUUGACUCACUUCUCAGCAAAGCAGGACAGUAUGCAAAGGCUGGGGACCAUAAAGCAGCCGAACUUAUUUACCUUGAAAUCUGGCAGCGUAGCAGCUGGGAGUCCCGAGUCCACCGCUCCUUAGAGUGGGAGCUCAGAAAUGUGAAGGCUGCCCAGGCCUACUCGAAGUUCCUCAUUUCACAAAAGCGAGAGAGCGAGGUAGCGGCCGUCCUCUGGGGUUUCUGGCAAGAAUAUGAGCAGGUCAGCACUACUUUGGAUGAGGCAGUUGUAUCGGAGUUAAUGCAAGUUGCAAAACUCAUGAAAUCCGUCAAGCUGGAGACCGUGGCAAUGCAAGUUCUGAAGCAUUGUGCCCAAAGCAUCAGUCAGCAUAGUUCGAUGUACGCGGAGCUCAAGCAAUCUAUACAGUCAACCUUCGAGUAUAUCAUAGAGAACGAGUCCACCGCGACUGAAUCAAGCCUGGAGGAGAUUGUGUUUAGCACCAUUACGACAAAGCAAUUCUCCACCAAGGCCACCACUUCUCUGAUCAACAUCUACCUGUCUCAGCGUCGAUGGCACGACGCGACACAAGCCAUGAAGCGGGUCUUGCGGAGUAUUUGGCCAGCAUUGUUUGCCCCAUCGUUCGAAGAUGUUGUCCUUCCAUCGAAGAAUGUGGACUACUGUGUUCAGCUGGCCGAGCGCUUGAGUAACUGCUAUCGUUCCAGACAGCGACCAGCGAAAGAGGAGAACAUUCGUCUUCGAGUCUAUCGUGCUGCCCGACGUGGCCGAUCCACUGGUGAUAAGCUCCGCAAUCGCGCCACGACCGCAAUUUUGCGCUUCUACGAACGGGCUUCCAAAACCGAUGACCUCAUCAGAAUCCAUGAGGAAGUCCUAGACGACUAUAUUAAGCAGCAUGGGCGGACACAUCCGACUGUGCUCAAGGAGCUGUGGGCUUUGGCCACAUUAACCCACCUGAGCCCUGUCUGCGUGGAUUACUAUGGACAGAUUGUGAAGAUCCUGAACAAGGAUAAAGCUACCUGUCAUCCAGACGCCUUUGAGCCGCUGCUUAUCGUGGUCACGGAACUUCUGACCCAGGGACGUUUUGCUGAGGCAUUGCAGCCUUGCAAAACUUUGUUCGGCACCUUGCAGCAUCCACAUAUCAACCCCAAGCUUAAAGAUCAGGCCUUCGUCAAACUUACCUACGAGCGCUAUGUGCAUUGCUUGCGGAUGACUCGCGCUGACACCGUCACUAUUCAUGAUGUGACAGUUCAGUACCGGAAGGCAUGUCGGUCCCUCUUUGGGGUCACUGCGACAAUCACGGUGCAAGCCACGACUACACUGGCACAGAUUUGCCAGGAAAGUCAUGAAUACAGGAGUGAAGCGGUAGCACUCUACGAGGAGUUAUUGAAGCUCAAAGCAAGCCAGGUGGAUAUCGACUAUGAUGGAAUCGGGGCGACAUUAGAUGCCUUGUACGAGGAGCAGGAGGCCACGCUGUCUUCAAAUACCGAGACGAUGACAACCGUAGAGUUCCAUAAGGUGGUUUCUCUUCAUAAGAAACGUCUCGAGACCACUCGAUCCAAACAUGGAUGGGCUCACCAGGAAUCGCUCUCCCAGAUGGAGAAGCUCGAGACGUCGGCGGUCAAUCUGUGCCUCGCAGCCAAGAGUAUUGCUUCCAGCUUCAUUAGCUCGCGUCAGGUCCAACGCGGCAAAGGAAUGGCACAGGAGAUCUACCGGCAAAUCGUGGCCAGGGACAUCGAAGUUGGCUUUAUCAGCUUUGACUUGUCCACGGACCGGCAUCAAGCCCUUGUUUUCCUAGCCCAGCUCGAGUACAGUCUUCAGGAGCGGGAGGCCUCGUCUAUCACCAUGAACGAGAUUUACACUUCACUAGUGACUGAAUAUGUCUAUUUUGAGCAACUCAGAACUGCGAUGAAGUCAAAGACCAGCAGUUUCCAGAGCACAUUGUCCAUUGUUCACCGCCUCCACGGUGUACUGCUUGCCACAGGUCGUCAGUCUACCGCUACCGCACUCAUCGAGAAGUUCACCCACUAUUUCAUAUCUGCCGAGAGCGAUACCGUCGAUGUCACCUUGGCCCAGGGCAAGGUCUUUGUCACCACGCUUCUCGAGUACUUUAGAUCUCAUUCGUCGCGCGACUAUAUCAACUCUGUCGCCAUCGCCAGCUACAACCGCGUAACCCAGCUCCUGGCCUCCGAGGAGUACGAUACAGCAUUCGACCUGGCGUCGGUCUCAUUCAAGUACAUUCGGGCCCAUCACGGCUUUACCUCAUUGACCGCUGUUAAGCUAGCAUUUAAAUUAUGCCUGGCAAUUUCCAGCCGAGACAUCAAAUCCUUUGUGGAGCCCACGGUGCGAAAGGAGAUGCUUGGUCUAUCGGUCGAGAUCGUCAAGGGAGCUCUGGACAAGUUUGAGCAAUUGAAACUGGAUAUAACUCAGUUGGACAAUGUCAAUUUGGACCGGUUGAUCGGGCUUCUGGACGAACAGAAGGAAUACUCCACCUUGGCUCGCGUGCUUACCUCUCUUUGGAAUGCCCGUGAAACCCGCAGCACCUCGCAGCAACAACAUCAAUACACUCUUGCCCUUGGUCGUAUGCUUGUUAUCACGCGCUACAUGAUUGAUCAGCACGUGGAUGCCAUCCGUCUGGCCGAAGAUAUUGUGUACAACUGUGCUCGUGUCCAUGGCGCACGACACUCAAGUACCGUCGAGAUGACCGUGCUCCUCUCGCAGAUGUAUACGAGCGUGGCACAGGGAUAUCAAAACAAGGAGGACUACCGUGACUUGGCGUACCGGUAUUACAAGAAGGCCGCCGUGCUACAUGAAAACGCCCUACGAUCCUUCGUUGACCCAUCGUACUUCUCUUCUAGCCUCGGAGACAGGAGCAGCCCCGGUGGCUCGAAUCCCAGCAGUCCCGGUGAGGCAGCAGAAGGCGACGGCAAGUACGUUCGACAGCAUCUCCGUCUGCUCAAACUCGCUGUCGAGCGCUUGGGAGAGUGGCCGAAGGAGUACUCGGAAUACGAAACCCUGAAUACGGAUAUUUUCAAGGCGUUUGGAAAUGAGCUAAAGGGAGUGGACGGAGUGGAAAAGUGGGACUUGAAGAAAUUCGGUUGCGGUCAAGCUGAAGCGACUGAUGACUUGAUCAUGCCUGCCUCGGACGAAGGAGUUGUUCUACACGAACGCCUCGCGAUUCCUGUGUAG